UUUCGUAAGAAAACAACGCAAUGUGGUUGUGAUUGAACUAUAUUUCGGCGUAAAAGCUCUUAUACAAUGAACAGAAAAGGAUAAUCAUUAAAUGAGAAAAAAUGAGUUCAGCAGUUAUUUUAGCUGGGCUUGGUAUGGCUGUGGUGGGAUUUGGUGGUAGAUACCUAGCCAAACAUGCUCCUGCCUUUGGUGCCACUGUGAAAAAAUCCAUGGAUGCUAGCCUCAACUCAGGGGCUUUCAGUAAAUACUACAAAGGUGGAUUUGAGGCCAAAAUGUCAAAAAGGGAGGCAGGUCUCAUACUUGGAGUAAGCCCUUCUGCCAACAAGGCCAGAAUUAAGGAGGCCCACAAAAGGAUAAUGAUCUUGAAUCAUCCUGAUAAAGGAGGUUCUCCUUAUUUAGCAGCAAAGAUUAACGAAGCCAAGGACAUGUUAGAUGGCCAUACAAAGAAAUAAAUCAGGAUCUUUUAAUCUUUACAUGAAGUGGUCUUGAAGAGACCUUAUUUAAACAUAUUGAACUAUACACAAGUUGAUGUUUUAAAGAUUUUGAAUGAAUGUAUUGAAAAUGUGUGAAUGAUAUUUCUUGUGACAUUGUUACAUGGUAAUAAACUUUUUAACAUA